AUGAGCAAGAUCCAAAGCGAGAUACCCGAACCAACAGGGAUCCCGUACUGGCGCCUUAUCUUCGAUGCAAGCGUCGUGCCCCGCGAAGUCGCAUCCCACGUGCACGAUGGCGCGGGCACAGAGGAAGAUCCCUUCCAGGUGACAUGGCUGGAGAAGGAUGUUCGGAACCCCAUGAAUUUCGGCAUUGUGCGCAAGUGGAUGAUCAUGCUAUUAGUCGGGAUCAACACAUUAUCCGUCGCAUUGGUCUCAUCGGCCUACUCGGGCAGUCUGGUCGAGGUGAUUGAGGACUUCCGAAUCAGCGAGGAGCUCGCUAUUGUCGGGAUCUCGUUGUUCGUCGUUGGAUUCGCUGUUGGGCCUCUGAUCUGGGCGCCGAUGAGUGAGUUGUACGGGAGAAGGCCCGUUCUGAUCGCGAGUUCGGCGGGCUUAGCUGCUUUCACGGCUGGGUGCGCCGGUGCGAAGAAUAUAUGGACUUUGCUUGUUCUUCGGUUUAUUGCUGGGUCGUUGGGUUCGGCUCCUUUUGCUGUUUCUGGUGGGGUUAUUGCGGACUGUUUCCCUCCUAUUAGUCGGGGACUGGCGAGUGGAUUGUAUUGUGCUGCGCCGUUUUUGGGACCUACGCUGGGUCCUAUUAUUGGUGGGUUUUUGUCUGAGUCGGCGGGUUGGCGCUGGGUGGAAGGGUUGGUGGCUGCGUUUGCGGGACUCUUGGGUCUUGUUACUCUUUUUUCUUUGCCGGAGACUUUUGCGCCGACUCUGUUGAACAGACGCGCUGCUCGUUUGUCUGCUACUACUGGUCAUGUGUACCGGAGUAAACUGGAGAUUGAUCAGGGCAAGAAGAGUGCUGGGGCUAUUUUCAAAGUGGCUCUCUCAAGACCUUGGGUACUUCUUUUCCGGGAACCUAUUGUUCUGUUACUCUCCAUCUACCUUGCCAUCAUCUAUGGCAUCUUAUAUCUCCUCUUCGCAGCCAUGCCAAUCGUCUACCAAACCGAACGCGGCUGGAGCGAAGGACUUGGUGGACUCUCUUUCCUAGGCAUCACAGUCGGCAUCCUCUUCUCUGUGGUUGCAACUUUCCCAAUAUACUUCCAAUACAAGAACAAGACUCUUGCCGCUGGUGGCCGCCUACCACCAGAGCAGCGACUACCAGGUGCCAUGAUCGGUUCUAUCGCAUUGCCAGCAGGUCUAUUUUGGUUUGCCUGGACAAAUUCACCCUCCAUCCACUGGAUGGCCUCUAUCGCAGCUGGUGUCCCGCUUGGAUUUGGCAUGGUGAUGGUCUUCCUUCCCGUCUUGAACUACCUGAUUGAUGCCUACACCAUCUACGCCGCGUCUGUCCUGGCUGCCAAUGCCUCCCUGCGCUCCAUAUUCGGCGCCGUCUUCCCACUUUUCACCACAUAUAUGUAUAAAAACCUCGGGAUCCACUGGGCCUCGUCUAUUCCGGCUUUCUUGGCUCUCGCGUGUGUGCCCAUGCCUUUUAUGUUCUAUCGUUAUGGCCCUGAAAUUCGCAAACGCUGUCAUUAUGCUGCUACGUCACAUGCAUUCAUGGAGAAACUUUACGGAAAGGCUACGCUCCCUCCAAAGAUUGAAAGGGACGACCUUGGCGAUACUGAUACAGCGUCUGAUUAA